AGAGAAUGGAUCUGGUUGUGGUUCUGGGGCUCUGUCUCUCCUGUUUACUUCUCCUUUUACUCUGGAAAGAGAGCUCCAGGAAAGGGAAGCUCCCACCUGGCCCCACUCCUCUCCCUAUUAUUGGAAAUAUCCUACAGUUAGAUGUUAAGAACAUCAGCAAAUCCUUAAGUAAUCUUUCAAAAGUCUAUGGCCCUGUGUUUACUCUGUAUUUUGGCAUGAAGCCCACUGUGGUGCUGCAUGGAUAUGAAGCAGUGAAGGAAGCCCUGAUUGAUCUGGGGGAGGAGUUUUCCGGGAGAGGCCGUUUCCCAGUGACUGAAAGAGUUAAUAAAGGACAUGGAAUCAUUUCCAGCAAUGGAAAGAGGUGGAAAGAGAUCCGGCGCUUCUCCCUCAUGACUCUGCGAAAUUUCGGGAUGGGGAAGAGGAGUAUUGAGGACCGAGUUCAAGAGGAAGCCCGUUGCCUUGUGGAGGAGUUGAGAAAAACCAAUGCUUCACCCUGUGACCCCACUUUUAUCCUGGGCUGUGCUCCCUGCAAUGUGAUCUGCUCCAUCAUAUUCCAGAAUCGUUUUGAUUAUAAAGAUCAGAAUUUUCUAAACAUAAUGAAAGUCUUUGAUGAAAAUUUCAAGAUUCUGAGCUCUCCAUGGAUGCAGAUCUGCAAUGCUUUUCCUGCUCUCCUUGAGUAUUUCCCAGGGAGUACUGACAAAUUAUUUAAAAAUGUUGCUUAUGUAAGAAGUUAUAUUUUGGAGAAAGUAAAGGAACACCAGGCAUCUCUGGACAUUAACAAUCCUCGGGACUUUAUUGAUUGUUUCCUGAUUAAAAUGGAGCAGGAAAAGCAAAAUCAACAGUCGGAGUUUACUUUUGAAAACUUAAAAAUCACUGUAUCUGAUUUGUUUGGAGCUGGGACAGAGACAACGAGCACCACCCUGAGAUAUGGACUUCUCCUCCUGCUGAAGCACCCAGAGGUCAUAGCUAAAGUCCAGGAAGAGAUUGAUCGUGUGAUUGGCAGACACCGGAGCCCGUGCAUGCAGGACAAGAGCCACAUGCCCUAUACAGAUGCUGUGGUGCAUGAGAUCCAGAGAUACAUUGACCUCCUCCCUACCAAUGUGCCCCAUGCAGUGACUCGUGACGUUAAAUUCAGAAACUACUUUAUCCCUAAGGGCACAACCAUAUUAAUAUCACUGACUUCUGUGCUGCACGAUGACAGAGAAUUCCCCAAUCCAGAAGUAUUUGACCCUGGUCACUUCCUGGAUGAGAGUGGCAACUUUAAGAAGAGCGACUACUUCAUGGCUUUCUCAGCAGGAAAACGGGUGUGUGCAGGAGAGGGCCUGGCCCGCAUGGAGCUGUUUUUAUUCCUGACCACCAUUUUACAAAAAUUUAACUUGAAAUCUGUGGUUGAUCCAAAGGACAUUGACACCACACCUGUUGCAAAUGGAUUUGCUUCUGUGCCACCUUCUUAUCAGCUUUACUUCAUUCCUGUGUGAGACUGUCUGAACACCUGACUUUUCCUAUGAUGAUGUCUGCAACUCCCUCUCAUUUGGGACAUGGUCCACCUCCUUUCUUCGUCACCUUCUUCCUGGGAAUACCUUCGCUGACCUCUUCUCUCCUCAUCAUCCUAUUCUCCCAAGAUCCAGGAAUAUCCAAUCUCCAUUAAAGGAGAAUUUCCUGAGUUUCACUGCAUAUACUCCAUACUCUAUCUGCUAUUCUCUAUACUCUGCAACGUUUGUUUUGGCCAUCAUAUAUGCUAAUACCUAUCUAAUAUUGAGUAGUGCUAUGUCAUCAAUAUGAAAUAAAGCAAGAUGAUUAGUGUAUACCAAUGCAAAGCCAUUUCUCCUCUGCAUUUUCUAAAUAAAAUAUAUAAUUUGAUGA